AAAAAAGUGAAAACCUCAUUUUAUAACCACACUGAAAACUUAUUAUAGUUUUCCGGAACGUAAGUGUAUUUAUUUGUUAUAACUGUGUUCAUGUUGCUUUUAAGUUUUGCCGAUAUUCAUUUAUGUUAUUUCCUAACAUACAAAUGACUAAUGUGCAGACCGAACAAUUAAAAAAGUUUGUAUUUUCUUCAAAGUACACUGUUAAUGGAGAACCUUUAGAAGACAAGUUGGAGAUAAUUAUACCAGAGUUGCUACAAGCAAGUUACUCAUUCUACACCUGGCCUUCAGCACCAGUUCUUGCAUGGUUUAUCUGGGAAAAUCGUGAAGAAUUUUGUGGUAAAAAAGUUGUUGAACUAGGAGCGGGUACUGCCCUUCCUGGAAUCGUCGCUGCUAAGUGUGGUGCUGAUGUUAUAUUGACAGAAUCAGCCACACUACCAAAAUCUCUAUCUCAUACUAGAAGAAGUUGCCAAGUUAACAAUCUAGUGGUUAAUCAACACAUUAAAGUUAUUGGACUGACUUGGGGAUUGUUUUUAGGUAAUUUAGAUCUGCUUGGUCCUCUUGAUUACAUCAUUGGUUCAGACUGUUUCUUUGAACCAGCAACAUUUGAGGAUAUUCUUGUCACAGUUGCAUACUUGCUAGAUAUAAAUAUUAACGCUAAAUUCUUCUGUACUUACCAAGAAAGAAGUUCUGAUUGGUCUAUUGAACAUUUGCUCUCAAAGUGGGACUUGGAGUGUAUUGUGCACAAUAUAAACAAUUUAGGGAACAGUAUAGGUCUCAACAUUCACGAUUUAAUUGGAGAUCACAGCAUUCACUUGCUUGAAAUUUCAAGAAAAUCAUAAGUAAUGGCUACGAAUGGUGUUCGCCAACUCUACAGAUUGUAUGUGAGCAACAUUCCUUGGACCGUUGGUUCAAAAGAGUUAAGAACUUAUUUCAGUAAGUUUGGACAUCUGCAACAAGCUACUGUUGUAUUUGAUAGAAAAACAGGACUGUCUAAAAACUACGGCUUUAUUACAUUUAGUAACCGUGAAGGCUUAGAAAGCGCCACAAAAAAUAAUUUACAUAAAUUGGAGGGAAAUACAAUAAGAGUACAGCCAUCAAAUCCUGAAAAUUAAAAAAUGGCUGAUGCAGUAGAUAAUUUUAGUGAUUUACAAGAAUUAGGUAUAGAUAUAAAUGAGGAAGACAGCUUGACUAUUUCUUUUAACAAAGCAGCCAGUCAUUUACAGAAGCUUUUGCCCAAUGUCGAUAAUCAGACACUCCUUACCUUAUAUGGCUAUUACAAACAAGGUACUGAAGGCACUUGUACGACUUCCAAACCUAGUUGGUAUGAUCUUCGUGCAAAGUCUAAGUGGGAUGCUUGGAAUAAACUAGGAGAUCUACCCCAGAAAGAAGCUAAGACACUAUAUAUAGACACUCUUAAGAAAUUAGAUCCUACAUUCGAUGAUGCUCCCUUGGAGAAA